AUGUCUCUCAACGUCAGCGAGCUCAAAGUGGGCGACAAGUUCCCCGAAGGCGUCAAAUUCGAGUACGCACCAAUCCAGGAUGCGGAUCCCACGUCCUGUGGAGUUCCCCAGACCUACAAUGCCUCGGAGGAGUUCAAGGGCAAGAAGUUCGUCAUCGUCUCCGUCCCGGGUGCCUUCACGCCCGGCUGCCAAGCCCGUCACCUGCCUCCGUACAUUGAGAAUAUCGAGAAGCUUGCCUCCAAGGGUGUCGACCUCGUUAUCGUCAUUGCUUUUAACGACGCUUGGGUGAUGGCUGCGUGGGGGAAAGUCAACGGCGUGACCGGCGACUCCAAGAUCAAGUUCAUGUCUGAUACCAAGACGAACUUCAGCAAGGGCAUUGGCUGGAUGGCGGGCAUGGGAGACCGGACUGGACGAUAUGCCAUUAUUGUCGAGAAGGAUGGCACCGUCAGCUACGCGGAGAUUGAGAAGAGCCCCCGAGAAGUCUCGGUCUCUGGCGCGGACGCUGUGCUCUCUCGCCUUUAA